GCGUUCCCGUGCGGAGCCCUCGCCGGGAGCGCGCACUGAUACGUGCGCGGCGCGAGAAGCGAGAAGAAUGGCGGGAAGACACAAGAGCGUCUCGGCGCAAGUUUUCCUUGCGAUUUUCACAGUUGCUGUGCUGCUUCAGGUCGCGAUCGCGCUACAAGAAGACGGACCAAAUGGCAGGAAGGAGCAGGAGUGCUACAAGUACGCGGGAGGGCACGUGUACCCGGGCGAGGCCUUCCGAGUGCCCGGGUCCGACCACUCGCUGCACCUGAGCAAGGCCAAGAUUUCGAAGCCGGCGCCUCGCUGGGAAGGGACCGCUGUCAUCAACGGCGAGUUUAAGGAGCUCAAACUGACGGACUACAGAGGAAGAUACCUGGUGUUCUUCUUCUACCCCUUGGACUUCACCUUCGUGUGUCCCACCGAGAUAAUUGCGUUCAGCGACCGUAUACAGGAGUUCCGCAAUAUCAACGCGGAGGUCGUGGCGUGCUCUGUGGACUCUCAGUUCACUCAUCUGGCCUGGAUCAACAUGCCGAGAAAGCAGGGUGGACUUGGGCCAUUGAAAAUCCCACUGCUGUCUGAUCUCACACACCAGAUUGCCAAGGACUAUGGAGUCUUCCUAGAGGACCAGGGUCAUACACUCAGUUUUUCAUUACUCUGCUCCUGCUUCAUCCUCAGAGGCCUCUUCAUUAUCGAUGACAAGGGUGUACUGCGGCAGAUCACCAUGAACGACCUACCGGUGGGACGAUCUGUAGAUGAGACGCUGCGGCUGGUGCAGGCUUUCCAGUACACUGAUAAACAUGGAGAAGUGUGCCCAGCUGGCUGGAAGCCAGGCAGUGACACUACAACCUUGAACUGAUGCAGUACUUUUCCAGUGACCACCAAGAAACUGAAAGGACAUUGUUACAGGCACAGACCACUAGUUGACGUUGUGGAUCUGUUAAAAUUAGGUAAAUAGUGUCAUUUCACGAAAAAGUAGAUGCAAAUUUACGGACAGGUGCCUAAACCCCGUUCCUCACAUCUUGGUCCAAUCAGAUUAAUCCAGAGGAAGCCAUGAGAGCUUGGUGGCCCAGGCAGGAGUUGUGAGUAAUGUCCUCCAAAGCUAUUGAAAGCUGGCCACACAGAACAGCCUUUCAGCUUAAGGCAUUCUCUAGGAGAGAUGGGGGUGGGGGGUCUCAGCUUUAAUUUAGCUUUUUAUUUGUACUGUUGGAAUAUACGUGCUGGCUGCUGCAAGAUACUAUUCUUUACAUAUAAAAAUGUGUUUUUCUU